CUUUCAUCUCUUUCUUUGCACUCACCGUUCCAUCACGCCAUGAACACCCCAAUUCAGGAGAAGGAGUACCCGCUGCUAUGGUGGGGAAAGGACGAGCUCAGACUCUUCAACGGCACAUCUGUCGACAACUGCAAUCUGCCAUACAUCUGCCGCCAUACUCAAUACAAUCCCUACCACGAACCUCUUGACCAGUCUCAGUACAAUGAAUCGCCCCUGAUCUUCGUCAGUAUAUACCAGGCCGACGACUCGGUCAGUGCUUUCAACAAACCAGAAGAUCUGCCACCACUGAAAGACAUGGACGCGGGAAAGAAGGCUUGGAUUCUCUACGGAUGGGAGCCACCCCAGUGGUUCGAGCGGAAGAAAUCGGUCAUCGGCAAGUUCACAUACAAGUUCAACUACCACCCCAGCUCCGACUUUGUCUAUCCUUACUUUGACAGCAGCGUCCUCGACACCGUCCUUGCACCACCACCCGUUACGCUCGGGUACAAGAAGGCAAUGCGGAAUCAGGGAUUCAACGGCGGAAAAGGGCUUGCACCGAUUGCAUGGAUCGUUAGUAACUGCCAUGCAUCCAAUGGUCGUGAAUACUACAUCCAUCAACUCCAAAAAUACAUCGAUGUCGACAUCUAUGGUCAAUGUAACACCCGCAACCGCGAGUGGCCGACACACGCCGACGGCUCUUUCUUGACCGACCUCGAAAUAGUCAGUGCGUAUCGCUUUUAUCUCGCCUUCGAGAACAGUAACUGCGACUUCUACGUUACAGAGAAGCUGAUUCGUACGUACGAGGCAGCCACUAUUCCCAUUGUCGACGGGCCAAACGACUACGGACCAUUUGCGGCGACUCAUAACGCUUUGAUCCAAGCGGACCAAUACAGUCCCAAGCAACUGGCGGCCCUUGUCAAGGAGCUGGAUGAGAACGAUGAGAGGUACCUGGAGCGGCUGUGGUACAAGUACCCCAAGGAUUCGACCCACAGGCCCACUGUCAGCGACCUUUCGCCAAUAUUUGUCAGGCAAUGGACCAAUCGGAACCAGAGCGCCGACUUGUUGUCGUGGCCCCCAGUAUACGACGAGUCCAUGUGCCGCGCCUGCAAGCUUGCCCACGAUGUCAGCGAAGGCAUCGUGAAGCUGGAUCCUACCAAGCGCCUUGCUCCCGACGCCAACUGCCUGCAGAAGAAGCACUUUCACUUCACCUGGAGGGUGGAAUACCAUUGGCGGUUGGUGCUUCUUGUCUUGACCCUCAUUGCCAUGGCUUCGCUCAUGCUGUACCGCAAUCGACGGACCUGGGUUCCACGCGUCAGGGCCGAGCUGCUUCGACGCUGGCACAAUGGCAAGAUCUAUAUUGCCCUGCCGACACUCAUGAACAACCCAAAGUCUAAAACUAGUUUGUGGAGGAUUUAGUCAAUGUGUUGAAGAUUCGCUACAUAGAGCACCUGCACUCUAUGUGAAAUCCUUACAAAGACCCAUGGAGUCUGUCAAGAGACUCCAUGCUCGCCCCUAAAAAACCUAAAAAAAGCUAAACCAAGCGAGCAUGCUGUUAACAAAUCUUAAAAAUCCUAAACCAAGUGACCAUGGUGUUCAUCCAUAAUAUAGCUUGGACUGGUGGACCGGUGGAUUGGUAGAGGUAGGCUUGUAGUGAGGUCAGUAGUCUGCAA